AUGGUAAAUAGUGAACAUACUUCAGAGUUUGCAUAUUCGUAUUUUUCCUAUGAGAAUCUGAAUGAGAAGAUUUUGCUAAAAUCCAAGAAAGACAAUCCUGGCAACUCUCUAGAAUUUGAAGACCUGGACCCUAAAAAAUGGAGAAAAGAGUCUCCUGGACAGUUUCGAAAUGGUGAACAAAAAAGACAAAAUAGACCAACAAGGAGCAGUGCAAAAAUGCGACUUCUAGCAUCGUUUUUGCUGCUCUAUGCUGCACUUACGACAGAAACUGCCGCUGAAAAUGAGUCGGCACCUGUGGCCGCCGAUGACCUCUUAGUCGCCGUAGACAGAAAGCCGACGGAAUCGCGGGAAGAAAAUGACGCCGACGAGCUCUUGCACGUGGCGAAAAGACAGGCGCAACCGAGCCUGCCCAAUACUGUCAGGACCGAAUUCAAGCGCCUACCAGUCUAUAAUUUCGGCUUGGGUAAAAGGGCCCCCUUGGCGGCAAAUCUUUAUGAAUUUGGGCUUGGUAAAAGAAGUAUGCGAGAAUAUGCUUUCGGCUUAGGCAAAAAAUCAGAUAGACCCCAACUGCGAUCCCCAAUGUACGAAUUUGGACUCGGCAAAAGGACCCCAGGAUAUAAUUUCGGUCUAGGAAAAAGAUUGAGGACGUACGAGUUUGGAUUAGGUAAACGAGUACCAGGAUACGAUUUUGGACUAGGAAAAAGGAUGCCGAGUUAUGACUUUGGUUUGGGAAAAAGGACGCCGAGUUAUGAUUUUGGUUUAGGCAAAAGGACGCCGAGUUAUGAUUUUGGUUUAGGCAAGAGGUCGCCAAGUUACGAUUUUGGUUUGGGCAAAAGGACGCCCAGUUACGAUUUUGGUUUGGGCAAGCGAGUGCCGAGUUAUGAUUUCGGAUUGGGCAAAAGGAGUCCCAGUUACGAUUUUGGAUUGGGAAAAAGGAAACAGUACGAGUUCGGAUUGGGUAAGAAGAGAUUGUAUGAAUUUGGAUUGGGCAAACGAGUUCCCAGCUACGACUUUGGUUUGGGAAAAAGAUUGCCAGCACGUUACGACUUUGGAAUGGGUAAACGAUUGCCAUUAUAUGAAUUUGGAUUAGGCAAACGAUCCGACGAUUUCCAGGCGGAAGAUGUCGAUUCACAUAAAAAA